GUGCUCGUGCCAGUUUCAGUUUGUACUUAAACGCGAGGCCGGCCGGACGACUUUCGUUCCUCUCUGCUCCGUGUCAAAUUUCCACCUCCGGCGGCCCCCUUUUCCCCGUUUUCUCCCUUUUCCGCUCAGAAACAAAAAGGGAUUCCGUUCUUCCAAGGAUGAUCCUCUUCUUCCUCGUGCCGUUCUUCUUGGGAGCCAACGGCGACUGGGAAAUUGGUGUGGCAACUGAACAUCAAGUGGAAUUGCUGAACAGGGAAGGCCAAUUGCUUAGUACAACAGCCCAAAACAUGUCCAAGAUGAACGCACUCACAUACGACCCAAUUUAUGGCCAUUUGUACUUCAGCGAUUCUUCUCAACCAAACGCCAGUAUAUUCCAGAUCGAAGUCGCCAAGGACGGAAGGACGAGCAAUGUCAAACCUGUAGUAAAAAAGAUAGGGAGCUCGAUAGAAGGCCUAGCCCAUGAUCCAUUGAGCUCUAUGCUUUUCUGGACAACAGGGGUAGAAAAGACAAUAAUGACUGCGUCAUUGAAGGAUGAGGAAGCCGAGCCGAAAAUUUUACUUACAUCCAAACUUCCCAAAGGCAUUGCCGUUGAUCCUUGUCAAAGACAGCUGUUUUGGACAAAUUGUUACACAUCCGAAUCAACAAUAGAGAGGUCAUUGCUUGACGGCAGCAAACGUCUAGUCCUAAUCAAAGACUUGUUUUUACCUGUGAGCAUUACGAUAUCCCAGGAGGAACGCAUGAUUUAUUGGGUGGAAGUGUUCCACAAUCACUUUUCUGUGACAAGGGCAGCUUUAGACGGAACACAAAUAGAGAAUGUGAUCAAGGACAAGGAUCAGCAGCCCUUCUCAAUUGCAGUGACACCCAAUCACAUCUAUUGGACGGACUUCGCCAACAACGCUGUCUGGUCUGCAAAUAAGACCAACUCGUUGAUCGUCCCUCACAAGAUAAAGAUGUACCAUAGGGUGAAACCAAGGGGAAUUGUUGCUUUAUCGCAGUAUGACAAAUUGGACGAAAGUGAAUGCAAAAAUCUUAAGGAAUUGCAGUUGAAGAUUCCAUCGAGGGUGAGAGUGUCUCUUGGGACAUGCUUCCACGGCUACAUCAACAAAUCAGGUGGUUGCGACUGUGUACCUGGGUAUAAUGGCCAUUACUGUGAGGUGUCUGUUUGCCACAACUAUUGUCUCGGAAGUGGCAAUUGUACCUUUUCCGAUGGUGGGCCGGUCUGCUCCUGUCCAGAGACUCUCAAAGGGGACAGAUGCGAGAUCCGGGUCUGUGCUGAAGGCUUGUGCAUGAACAACGGAACGUGUGUUGUCAUCACUGGCCAGGAGACCUGUUCCUGUACCGAGGGCUAUUUCGGCGACAGGUGCCAGUUCUCUACAGCCCUCUGUGACACCUACUGUACAGAAGUCGACGAUACAACUCAACUCGCAUUCAAGGAUUGCUCUUGUGAAACUUGGGCUCUAACAGGCCGACCCUCAUCGUUUAUCUCGAUGAAGAGUGUUAAAAAGUGGCAGAUCAUCAGCUGGUCAUUGAUGGGAGUGCUCAGCCUCUUCAUUUUCAUCUUUUUUGGCAUGCUGUAUAAGAUCUAUGGGCUGAGCUCGCGGCCCAAGCUGGUCAGGAGGUUCCAACCAACCCAAGGGAAGAAUGCAAAAACAGCAGACCAUUGUGAAAUAGCGAUAGAAAACUGCUGCAACAUGAACAUCUGCGAAAUCCCUUGCUACGAGCCCGAGUUCCGCACUCCAAAAGGCAAAGACAAAAAGGGCGAGAAGAAAACACUUCUUGAUAAUGAGGUCCUUAACCAAAAUACGGAUCUUUUCUAGCAGAGGACCAAGACUGGCUCAGGGGCUAGCUUGCUCCAUCGCAAAUCCAGUUCCUGAAAGUGAUUUUUUCCUUUUUACCUGACACUCUAGCACCAACAUUUCAAUUGAAAAACGGUGUACUUACGAUACACAUAAGACAAGAGUUAUGUUAUUUAGUUUUAUUUUUCUAAAAGAAAAAGGCUGUGUAGUAGCUCUUGAGGAUGUUUUUAUCUUUAAUCUAAACUUUUUAUUUUAUAUAUAUCAUGCAUAAUGUCUUGUGAUGGCGUCAACUGUUCACAAAGACAAAAUAAUUGUACAAUUAUGUAAAAUAGAUAAAAGCAUUGUUUUAAUUUUUUCUUUUUAUAAUUUUAAAAAUUAAAUCUUCAAGGAUUAUUUUCUAAUUAUAUUAUUUUUUUAGUGAGAUCUGUAAAUCGAGCAAGCAAGGGUGUGAAAAAGAGGAUAAGGACAGCUAAAAUUGAAAAUUUGUCCUUAUUUUUUUUGUGUAUAUCCUUGUAUUAUUUAGUAAGUCGCUAGGAUUAAACGUGUGUCGGUUUUGUUUAUCUGUGAUCAACUCAUUAACGAGUGUUAAAAAAAUAUAAAAAAAUAGUUUCUACCAUUUAGCUUAGAAUCGACUCAUUGGUCUUAACUUUAAAAUGUAGAAGAUAAUAGUUCUUGAAGAUGUACAGGUGUCCAAAAGGGGGGUCCCAUUGAAAGAGUUUUUACUUUAUAUAAUCUUAUUUUAAUUUAUUACUUGUUUCUGUUAUUUUUUAACUCUAUUUUUUUAAGACUUGCAAAUGUUUGAAAUUUGUGAGUGGCAUAAAAAAAACUGAAUGCUAUUUUAUGACUGCCAAGAGUCUAGAAGUCUGAAUAAAAAUAUGAAAAUUAUAUGCAGUUCUGCUAUUUGUAGUGGAUCCAUGGAUUUUUAAAUCAUUUAAAUCAAUCGCUUUUUGAAAUUAAAUUGAGUUGAAUAUGUCCUUUUCUAAAUUCAUGUUUUAAUAGUUUUAUAAUAAUUUUCUUGGUGAGGGAAACGCCGAAAUCUUCCACAUCCGGUUUAAAAACGAGAAAAAAAUUCUUAACUUUGUAUGUACUUAAUAUUGAAUAGGCUACUUAAAUACAAACAGACAAAAAAUUUUUCAAAAAUAUCCUUUAAAGAAAAUUAUAGUCUCUCUAAAUUAAAAUUUAUUAAAUCCUGCUUAUUAUUAUUUUAUGUUUAGAAGAGUUUCGGAUUUAUCUUGAGCUGUUAGAAAGUAGAACGAAAAGUAUUAUGUGUAAGAUAAUUUAUUUUGUUAUGUUACCAUUUUUCUGGUACAAAUUAUGUUAUCAAAAUUGUAAAUAAAACUUUUAGAAUACCCCAAUUA